CACACAAACUCAGGCACCAAGCACACACACAUUCACCCAGAUGCUGCUCCCACACAUUACACCAGAGUCCAGGAAUGAGGAGAGACUACAUUCUGAUGGAAAAGAAUGUGUGGAGUGCUGGGGAAGUUUAACAGUCAGAGCUGAGGACAGGGAGAACAGCUCUGUGUGUGUGUGUGUGUGUGUGUGUGUGUAAGGUGGAGUGGUUGUAGUUAAUAAGUAACAGUCACUUCAGGUUCAAAGGUUCAGUCACACUGGGAACUGCGAAAACUUACUUCGGUGACAGUUAAAGAAAACACUUGCUUAUUUGUAGCUGUGUUAUUAGUAGUUCUAGAGAAUCUGACAUGGGAAAGAAACAGGCAGGUACAGGGCCACUGUCGAGGCGUCCGGAUAACUCGGCGUUUAAACAGCAGAGGUUACCCGCCUGGUCUCCAUCUCUCACGGCAAACACUGUGCUGCCAACCUUCUACAUCCUCUCUCUCGUGUGCUUGUUACUGGGCAUAUGGCUCCUCAUCACUGUUGAGAACACACACGAACUGAAGGUGGACUACACCAAAGCUGAAACAUGUGAAGAAUGCUUCAGUUUGAGGAAGAGUGCCAUCGACUCCACAACAGCCUGUACGUGCACAGUCAGCUUCCACGUACCGAAAACCUUUCCGGGCGAUGUUUUCUUUUACUACGGUCUGAGGAACUUUCAUCAGAACCUGCGGAGGUACAUGGACUCCCGCGAUGAUGCACAGAUGGUGGGGAGGAAGAACAACCUGAAGACACCGAGUUCAUACUGUGCUCCCUUCGAUUACGAUGCAGACAGAAACCCCAUUGCCCCCUGCGGUGCCGUGGCCAACAGCAUGUUCAAUGACUCAUUAACAGUGAUGUAUAAUCCAAUGGAUGGGUCAAAAAUACAAGUCCCACUCUACAGGAAGGGCAUUGCUUGGUACACGGACAAAAACGUCAAGUUCCGUAACCCUCCGACCAACAACACAUUCCCUCUCCAACAAGCCUUUGAACGCACGACUAGGCCCUUGUAUUGGCAGCGUCCAGUUUAUGAGCUGGAUGACACAGACUCCAACAACAAUGGCUUUAUAAAUGACGACCUGAUUGUUUGGAUGAGAGAGGCAGCCUUCCCUAAUUUCAAAAAGCUUUAUGGGGUUCUCAAUCGUGCUCAAGGGCCUUUCACUGAAGGCCUGCCUGCUGGCAACUACACCCUCUCUAUAAAUUACAAUUUCCCUGUCGAGCCCUUUAGAGGUCGGAAGGAGCUGGUGAUCUCAACGGUGACCUGGUUUGGUGGGCAGAAUUACUUCCUGCCCAUAGCAUACCUGGUCACCAGUGGACUGAUCUUGGUGACGGCUGUCGUACUCACAAUGGUGUAUGUGAAAGUGGGCAAAAAGGGCAAGAACAUGGAGGAAUAGACCAAAACAUGGAAAUGUCCAUCAGAAAACAAUGAUGAAAAAUUGCACUCAAGAGCCAUUAUUAGGCACACGAAAGCAGUACAAAUGUAUUAUUUAAUUUAACUUAUAUUGGCUUUUCUAAUUUUGAGAAUAAAUUG